AGUUCGUAUUAAAUGUCGCCACUAGUUCCUCCCUCUACAUUACCGUUCGAGUUAAAUAGUCGACCUAUCAUUGUUGACAGUUUUCAGGGAAAGCUUCGUGCAGCUGUUACGGGAAACAAACGCUCUUUCUCGUUACAGCUUUUCAACUGUUUAUUUUCCGCGGAAUAUUUAUACUUUUGUUCGUAGAUAGUGAUUAGAAAAUUAUAUAAAAUAAAUCUAUACUAGGCACGAAUUUGCGCUGGCGUAAAUCAUUCAUCGAACAGAGAAAAUGAGUGGUAGAUCACAAAUGACAACAAUGAAUGGAAAAAGACCAUCUUCAAUCCCAUCAAGACAUCAGUCUGAAACUGUAGCUCAACAUUUCGACUUAAUUAAGUACAUUUAUGAUUCAUGGAAUACAGUAUCAAGAGAAUUAGAUAUGUGUCACAAUCAACCGCACAGUAAUUCUUCUAAUUAUAGAAAUGGAGCAUCUGUUACAUAUUAUCAAGAAAGAGAACCAAAUCCACAACUAAAAGAUUUUGAGCCAUUUAACCUUGAAGCUUGGUGGGGACAACGCGUUGUUCAAAGUAUCACUAGAAAUGCAAACUCCUAGUGCCAGGCUCAACACAUUGAUUAUAAUCGAACAUUUUCAAAUAGACAUAAAAAACAGAAAGGAUAAAUUCAGAGCUGCCGGAGAAAAUUCUUUCUAUUUCUAGAAACGAUUUAUUAUAUUGAAAAAUAUAUUGAAAAAUAAGUGAUGGGGAGGAAUAUAAUAUAGGUAAAAAUAAGUAUCUAGCAAUCAAUUUUGAAUCUUUUUUAUAACAAAGAUAGGAUAUUAGCAAAUAAUCAAAGAUGAUGAAAAAGAAAGAGAAAGGGAAAGAGCAGGGUUAUGGAAACAUACGUAUUAGUAUGAAAAUGACAUUCCUCUAAUCUUUUAUCGUAUUUUAACAUAAUGUCGCCUUUUCCUGGACCUUUUUACUCAUCGUGUUUUUAAAAGUAUUUUACAUAAAAAACAUUGGAACUAAACUGUUUCUGAUAUUGUCUUUCUAAGAUUUGAGAUUCAGCGCGAUGAAUAAUUAAGAAAUAUAGUGCAUGCUAAAACUAUUUAUUUUAUUUGCCAUAAAGGCAAACAUAAUUGUAAGAAAUAGUUUAAAUCAAAUUUUCAUUGUUACUUAAUGAAAAACUUAAAAAUAAUUCGUCUUUUAAUCCUAUUGUAAUUAAAACUCGAAUAUAGAAUAUUGAAUUAAAAGCAUAUGAAUUAUAUAUAAAUUCUAUAUAUUUCAAUCAAAGGAGAAGUAUAUGUGAAAAAACUGAAGAACUAUCUUUUAAGGUUUAUGCAUAUACGUAUUUUUCCACGAAUUGCAUUUCACAUUUUUAAUAAAUUUUUCCAUUUGCACAUGUGUAAUGAAAUUGCACUUCUAUGUAAAAAAAAAAGAAGGAUAAUUAUGGUUUGAGAUUUUUUAAAAAAAAAAAAUUUAUUCACGAGAAUAUAGUGUAGAAUGCACCUUUAUUUCUAACA